AUCCAUCCCACCCUCCCCCUCUUCAUCAGCUAAACCCAAACGACUCCAAACUCUCCUCCAACACUAAGAAGAACGAAGCAGCAGGAAGACAGAAGAAGGCGGCUGCAACUUUUCUUUUCCCUCAGAACUCCUUGAGAGGAAGAGAAUGGCUGUUUGCAACGAGAUCAUGGGCUUCUCCCAGCUGGAGAGAUCAUCUUUGGUCCCUGCCCCGAGAUCGGUUCUGCUCCGAGGUAAACAGAACAGGCUCUGUUUAGCCUCCCCUGCUCUGGUUUCCAUGGAGCAGAGGAGGAGGAGAAGGAGCUCUCGGUCGACGAAGGUCGUGGCUGCAAUCAGCGAGGAUGUGAUAAAUCUUGUGGUGGGCAAGCCGGAGCCGGUGAAAUUUACGGUGAGGGCGGCGGUGACCGUGAGGAGGAAGAGCAAGGAGGAUGUUAAGGAGGCCAUCGCCAACCACCUCGAUGCCUUGGUCGAUAAGAUCGGCAGGAACGUAGUCUUGCAGCUCAUCAGCACGGAGAUCAAUCCAAGAACCAAGAAGCCGAAGAAGAGCGGCGAGGCAGUGAUCAAGGACUGGUUUGAGAAGAAGAAUGUGAAGGGGGAGCGCGUGGUCUACACCGCAGAGUUUGUGGUGGACUCGGCCUUUGGUGAGCCUGGGGCCAUCACCCUCACCAAUCGCCACCAGAGAGAAUUCUUCUUGGAGACCAUCGUCGUCGAGGGGUUCCCCUGCGGCCCCGUCCACUUCCCCUGCAACUCAUGGGUCCAAUCUACCAAGGACCUGCCCACUAAGAGAGUCUUCUUCAGCAACAAGCCUUAUUUGCCAUCGGAGACGCCGGCAGGACUGAAAAAUGUGAGGGAGGAGGAGCUGAAGGAGCUGAGGGGUGAUGGAAAUGGGGUUCGAAAGCUGUCUGAUAGGAUAUAUGAUUAUGCCACCUACAAUGACUUGGGGAAUCCUGAUAAAGGAAUUGAGUUUGCCAGGCCAAUUCUUGGGGGAGAGAAGAUGCCUUACCCGAGAAGAUGCCGGACCGGUCGGCCUCCAACAGAUACUAACAUGCUAGCUGAGAGUCGAAUCGAGAAGCCACAUCCAAUAUAUGUGCCCCGUGAUGAGGCCUUCGAAGAGUCGAAGCAGGGCGCCUUCUCGGCGGGGAGGCUCAGGGCUGUGCUCCACAGUCUCAUCCCCUCACUCAUCGCCUCCAUCUCCAUCGACAACCAUGACUUUCAAGGGUUCCACCACAUUGACAACCUUUACAAGGAGGGCCUCAUCCUCAAGCUCGGCCUCCAAGAGCAUCUCUUCAGGAAGCUCCCUUUCGUUCAGAAGAUUCAAGAGUCAAGCGAGGGCUUGCUACGCUAUGACACUCCAAGUAUCCUCUCUAAGGACAAAUUCGCGUGGCUCCGAGAUGACGAAUUUGCCCGGCAGGUGGUCGCCGGCAUCAACCCCGUCAACAUCGAGAGCCUUCAGGUCUUUCCCCCGGUCAGCAAACUGGAUCCUGCGGUCUACGGGCCCCCUGCCUCCGCCAUAACGGAGGCCCACAUCGCCGGGCAGCUUAAUGGGCUGACCGUCCAACAGGCAAUGGAGGAGGGGAAGUUGUUCAUGGUGGACUACCACGACAUAUAUCUACCGUUCAUCGAGCGGAUCAAUGAGAUGGACGGCCGGAAGGCAUAUGCUACAAGGACCCUCUUCUUCUUGACACCCAUGGGUACAUUGAAGCCCGUGGCGAUUGAAUUGGGCCUUCCUCCCUCCCAGCCUGGUGAGACCCGGCCCAGCAUGGUUUUGACUCCACCCUGCGAUGCCACCACUAAUUGGCAAUGGAUGCUCGCCAAGGCCCAUGUCUGCUCCAACGACGCCGGAGUCCACCAGCUCGUCAACCACUGGUUGAGGACGCAUGCGGUGAUGGAGCCGUUUAUACUGGCAGCUCACAGGCAGUUGAGCGCGAUGCAUCCGGUGUUCAAGCUGCUGGAUCCCCACAUGAGAUACACGCUGGAGAUCAACGCGUUGGCGAGGCAGAGCCUUAUCAACGCCGAGGGUGUGAUCGAGUCGUGCUUCACUCCUGGCCCCUACUGCAUGGAGAUGAGUGCGGCCUACUACCGGGAUUUAUGGAGAUUCGACUUGGAAGGUCUCCCGGCUGAUCUCAUCCGCAGGGGCAUCGCUGUCGAGGACCCCACGCAACCCCACGGCCUCCGUCUCCUAAUCGAGGACUACCCCUACGCCAACGACGGCCUCCUCCUCUGGGCCGCAAUCCAGAAUUGGGUCCGGUCCUACGUCGAGCGCUACUACCCCGACCCGGCCCGCGUCCGGUCCGACUCGGAGCUCCAGGCCUGGUAUCACGAGUGCAUCCACGUGGGCCACGCCGAAAAGCGCCACGCCUCCUGGUGGCCCCCACUCGACUCCCCCGCCGAUCUCAUCGGCGUGCUCACCACCCUCAUCUGGCUCGCGUCGGCUCAGCACGCCGCGCUGAACUUCGGCCAGUACCCGCUCGGCGGCUACGUCCCGAGCCGGCCCCCCUUGAUGCGCCGAUUAGUUCCCGAUCCGGAGCGAGACCCGGACGAGUACGCGGCGUUCCUCGCCGACCCCCACCGGUUUUUCCUCUCGGCGACGCCGUCUAUAUUGCAGGCGACCAAGUUCAUGGCGGUGGUGGAUACGUUGUCGACGCACUCGCCGGACGAGGCGUAUUUGGGGGAGAGGCAGCAACCUGGGACGUGGACGGCCGACGAGGCGGCGGUUGAGGGGUUCCGGGAGUUUGCGGCGGAGAUGGGGCGGGUCGAGGAGGAGAUCCGCCGGAGGAACGCCGACCCGAGGCGGCGCAACCGGUGCGGGGCCGGGGUGCUGCCCUACGAGCUGCUCGCUCCCAGCUCCGGCCCCGGCGUCACCUGCCGCGGCGUGCCCAACAGCGUCUCCAUUUAGACUUUGGGGGUGGUGACUGGAACUACGAUUUUUUUUUUUCCUUAUUAAUUUUGGCCAGCAGAGGGGUUCUUUUUAUUUCAUUAUUAUACUCCUUAAGAAGGACAAUAAUGUAAUUACAACUGGCUGAAGGACGAGUGUUUUUUUUUUUUGAUGGAAGGACUAGAAUGUAAUUAUGUAGAUGGUACCGGAGAUUGACUUGAACACUUUCCAGUAGUAAUGCAGUCUGUUAAAUUGAUUAAGAUUUAGUGGGCA